CAUCAACUCCGCUCCGCGCCCAUGGCUACCGCGGAUCAGAUCCAUGCCCAUUUUCCUUUCUGACUGGUUGAGAAAAGCCUUCAAGCCGCAUGACGUAAGCCUGUAGCCGUGCGCCCGGGUACUCGCUCUCUCGCACCGUCCGAUUCCUCCGCUGCGGGCGUACAGAAGCGUAAGCGGGAAGUGUCGCGGAAGGACGAAUGAUGGGUACAGACAGCCUCGGCCGCCACUGGAAUCGGGCCCAAUCGAGAUCCGGUUGCAAACAAAGGAGCGCCGACUGCUCGUCCGCUCCUUGGCCGAAUGGACUAACGUGGUUACCGCAUCUAAGAUCGAUCUGUGAUUGUACGUCCCGACUGGCUAGCUCCUAUGACCGCAUCGGGCCACUGCUAGAUAGAAUAAAUCCAGCCGCAUCCUGUCGCCCUCAGUCAUCAACACAGCACUGCAAUCGUCGGUUUUCUGCACGCUAUGUCGGACCCAAACCGAAUUGGAGAGGGAGUUAUUCGGACGGCUUCAGGCCGCGAGACUUACGCGCCCGAUGGCCAUGUACCCAGCUACGACGAGAGAUCUGAACCAGUCGAAAAGGAGGAAACGCCGCGAACGUCAAGCGAUUCUUCGAUUGCCAGAUUUGAGCCAUUGAGGACGCGAACUGGACAUGAUGCAGUGGGAUCCUCAAGCUCGUCAGACUUCGCCGGCCUUACCCCGUCGUUGUCGCGAAGGAAAACAAACGCGACGAUCGAUGAUGCUGAUAGAAGGGAGCUCCAGCAGCUCUACUCGACACUUUCUCGGCGACAAUCCAGUAUCGCCGCCCCAGACGACCCGGCCGUGGACCCUCAAAGCGAUUCAUUCGACCUGCAGAAAUUUCUGCGCAUGUUCAGGCAUCAAUUGGAAGCUGAGGGCCAUCAAAUGAGGGAGGUUGGCGUCGUAUACAAGAAUCUGAACGUUUACGGCUCAGGCGCGGCACUGCAGCUUCAGCAAACGGUAGCCGACUUCGUUAAGGCGCCCUUUCGCUUCGGCGAGUUCUUCAGCUUCGGGAAGAGAGAGCACAAGCACAUUCUACGCAAUUUCGACGGCGUGGUCAAAAGCGGCGAGUUACUCAUCGUUCUUGGGCGGCCUGGAUCAGGUUGUAGCACCCUUCUUAAGACUAUGUGCGGUGAGCUCCACGGCCUGGAGACGGACGAGAAUUCUACCAUCCACUACAAUGGCAUACCUCAAGAACAGAUGAUGAAGGAGUUCAGGGGCGAGGCUAUCUACAAUCAAGAAGUUGACAAGCAUUUUCCUCAUCUUACCGUCGGCCAGACCCUCGAGUUCGCAGCGGCUACUCGCACGCCAUCGCAUCGAAUACAGGACAUGUCUCGGGCGGAAUUCUGCCAGUUCGUCGCUCGAGUAGUGAUGGCAGUCGUCGGACUCAGCCACACGUUCAACACCAAGGUCGGCAACGACUUCAUCCGAGGUGUUUCUGGAGGAGAGAGGAAGCGCGUUAGCAUUGCCGAGAUGAUGUUGGCAGGCUCUCCUUUUGCUGCGUGGGACAAUAGCACAAGAGGCCUCGAUUCCGCGACCGCAUACAAGUUCGUGCAGACACUGAGGGUCGCCUCCGACUUCGGUGGGAGCGCUGCGGCUGUCGCAAUCUACCAAGCCAGCCAGAGCAUCUACGACGAAUUCGACAAAGCAACCGUACUGUACGAAGGUCGGCAGAUCUACUUCGGACCGGCCGACACUGCGAAGUCUUUCUUCGAGCGACAGGGCUGGUACUGCCCUCCCAGGCAGACCACAGGCGACUUCUUGACCAGCGUCACCAAUCCGCAGGAGCGAAAAGCGAGAGAAGGUAUGGAAAACAAAGUGCCUCGUACUGCCGACGACUUCGAAUGGUAUUGGCGCGAGUCUCCAGAAUACAAGCUGCUCCAAACCGAGAUCGAACAGUACGAGCUUGAGUAUCCAGUCGACACACAAGGACAGAGCCUUGCCCAGCUCCGCCAGCAGAAGAACUACCUCCAGUCAAAGCAUGUCCGGCCUGAAUCUCCAUAUCUCAUCAGCGUUCCGAUGCAAGUACGACUAAACACGACCCGAGCCUACCAGCGCAUAUGGGGCGACAUCUCCGCAACCGCUACGCAGGCGGUGCUCAAUGUCAUCAUGGCUCUUCUCAUCGGAUCUAUCUUCUUCGGCACACCAAACGCUACAGUCGGAUUCUUCUCCAAGGGUUCAGUCCUCUUCCUUGCGGUUCUCUUCAACGCUCUCGCUGCAAUAUCCGAGAUCAACAGUCUGUAUGCGCAGCGUCCAAUCGUCGAGAAGCAUAAGUCGUACGCCUUCUAUCAUCCGUUUACUGAGGCCAUGGCUGGUAUAGUGGCGGACAUACCGGUCAAAUUCGUGCAGGCAGUGGCAUUCAACGUCAUACUGUACUUCAUGUCGGAGCUGCGACGCGAGCCAUCCCAAUUCUUCAUUUACUUCUUGGUCACUUACAUCACCACCUUUGUUAUGGCGGCCGUGUUUCGGACUAUGGCCGCCCUGACGAAGACGGUCUCGCAAGCCAUGGCCUUGUCGGGUGUAUUGGUCUUAGCUCUCGUGAUAUAUACCGGUUUCGUCGUCGCAGUGCCGAACAUGCAUCCCUGGUUCAGCUGGAUCCGGUGGAUCAACCCAGUCUUCUAUGCGUUUGAGAUCCUAGUCGCCAAUGAGUUCCACGGCCGCGAAUUUACGUGCUCCUCCAUUAUCCCAGCUUACACGCCUCUUCAAGGAGACUCAUGGAUCUGCAACAUCGUUGGAGCGGUUCCCGGACGGCGCACCGUCAGUGGAGACGCCUUCAUCGCCACCAACUACGAGUACUCGUAUUCUCACGUGUGGCGGAACUUCGGUAUCCUUCUCGGGUUCCUCUUCUUCUUCAUGUUCAUUUACUUCCUGGCCACGGAACUUAAUUCGUCCGCGACAAGCACCGCCGAAGUACUAGUGUUCCAGCGUGGACACGUGCCCGCUUAUCUACAGAAGAAUGGCAAGGACCGCCAGCCCGAUGAGGAGUCUGCUGCCGCUGUCGCUGUCAAUGAAAGCGCUGCGGACGCGGAUGUGCGAGCGGUGGAGCCCCAGAAGGAUAUUUUCACGUGGCGCGAAGUCACUUACGACAUCCAGAUUAAGGGCGAAACGCGUCGCUUGCUUGAUCAUGUCGCCGGAUAUGUGAAGCCAGGCACACUUACAGCGCUUAUGGGCGUCAGUGGCGCGGGUAAAACUACUCUGCUAGAUGUGCUCGCUCAAAGAACGUCGAUGGGAGUGGUCACGGGGGACAUGCUCGUCAACGGGAAGCCACUGGAUGCGAGCUUUCAGCGCUCGACGGGCUACGUGCAACAACAGGACUUGCAUUUGGAGACCGCUACCGUGCGUGAGAGUCUCCGCUUUAGCGCUAUGCUUCGGCAGCCGAAAUCUGUUAGCAAGAAAGAGAAGUACGAAUAUGUGGAAGAGGUGAUCAAGAUGCUGAACAUGAGCGAUUUCGCCAAUGCAGUCGUUGGUGUUCCUGGAGAAGGCCUCAAUGUGGAACAGCGCAAGUUACUGACCAUUGGCGUUGAGCUCGCUGCCAAGCCAAAGCUGCUCCUCUUCCUCGAUGAGCCUACUAGCGGGCUCGAUAGUCAGAGCUCCUGGGCCAUAUGCGCCUUUCUACGCAAACUCGCAGACGCUGGCCAAGCGGUUCUUUGCACCAUUCAUCAACCCUCCGCCAUCCUCUUUCAGGAAUUCGACCGACUGCUCUUCCUAGCCAAAGGCGGCAAAACAGUAUACUUCGGCGAGAUCGGACAGGAUUCCCAGAAGCUCCUUAAUUACUUCGAGGGCAACGGCGCUCGGAAAUGCGAUGACCAGGAGAAUCCGGCGGAAUACAUGCUUGAGAUCGUGAACAACGGAAGGAACAAUCAAGGCCAGGACUGGCACACUGUUUGGAAAGAAAGCGAGAUGCGGAAGGCUGUAGACCGGGAAAUCGACAACAUCCACCACGAGAAACAGCAUGAAGAGAUAGCCGGACAGGACGAGAUCGGCGCGCAUUCCGAAUUUGCCAUGCCUUUUUCCACGCAAGUUAUUGAAGUCACGUAUCGUGUCUUCCAGCAAUAUUGGCGCAUGCCGAGCUAUAUUUUCGCCAAGUUCGGUCUUGGUGUCGCUGCAGGCCUUUUCAUCGGAUUCACGUUCUACGGUGCCUCUACCUCGCAGUCGGGAAUGCAGAACGUCCUCUUCUCCGCUUUCAUGCUCACCACGAUCUUCACGACCAUCGUGCAACAGAUUCAACCGCUGUUCGUCACCCAACGGUCUCUAUACGAAGUCCGCGAGCGUCCAAGCAAAGCAUAUUCCUGGAAGGCGUUCGUGCUCGCCAACGUAGUCGUCGAGAUUCCUUAUCAGAUUUUUACGGGUCUUCUUAUCUGGGCUUGUUUCUACUACCCCGUUGUCGGCGCGCAUCAGAGCUCAGUGCGCCAAGUCCUGGUCCUGCUCUUCUGCUGCCAGCUUUUCGUCUACGCGAGCGCUUUCGCGCAGAUGACUAUUGCAGCACUGCCUGAUGCGCAGACUGCUGGUGGUAUCGUUACUUUGUUCACUUUCAUGAGUCUGCUUUUUUGCGGUGUGCUGCAGUCUCCUGACGCGCUGCCUGGCUUCUGGAUUUUUAUGUAUCGCGUCUCUCCAUUCACUUAUUGGAUAGGCGGUAUGGCAUCCACCCUCCUCCACGACCGAGCCGUGACCUGCACAGCGACGGAAACGUCGCGCUUCAACCCGCCCGCCGGCCAAACCUGCGGCGAAUACCUCGGCCCCUACCUCCAACAGGCACCGGGCGUCCUACAAAACCCCGAUGCUACACAAAACUGCCAGUACUGCGGCCUGCGCAACUCCGACCAGUUCUUGGCUGGCUCGAACAUCUACUACAGCGAGCGGUGGAGGAACUUUGGCAUUAUGUGGGCGUUCGUUGGGUUUGAUAUCGCGGUCGCGGUGUUGACGUAUUAUUUGUUCCGCGUGGCGAAGUGGGGGAAGAAAGGGGAGAAGAGUAAAAAUGGGGGUAAAGCGAGGGAGGUGACGGAGAAGGGAGCGGAGAGGAUGGCGCAGGAAGGUGCGGUGCCGCCGAAUAGGGAGGGUUGAGCGCUGGAGUGGAUGAAUGUAGUAUUGGUGUGUACAUGCUCCUCGAUUUUGAACAGCGCUGCAUAUGG